AUGCUUCACAUCCACCCCAUCCAAUAUGGCUUAAUUCAUCUCUCCAACCUCUUUGCAUUCUUUCAGACAGCAAUGACUUUCCAAGAGAAGACCAUUUAUCAAACCUCUUUAGCCUCAAUUCCCCAAUACACCCUUUUAGAGUGUGUCUUAGGGCUCUGCUUUACAGUUAUCACCGUCCUCCUUCAGAUUCCUUAUGAGUACGUAGACAACAACCCAGUUCCCACUAUAAUCUUCAAGGGUCAUCCAAGAACCUUCCAUGCCUUCAUAAUAUGCAUUAUCUCUGCCUUCUCGGGUUCAACCAAUGCACUUGUGGCAUUUAAUAAGUCAAACUUUUCUAGGUUCUGUGGGUAUUAUGCCAUGGCUUCCUUGGCCUCUGCUUUCGCAAUUCUCUUGUGGGCACUGUACUGCACGUGUAUCAGUUAG